UGGUACUUUCCCUAAAGAUCAUCUCGACGCAUCAGCUCAAUCCUCCCGUUUCAACAGCCCCCACACAGAAUUAUCAUGAAAAUCCGCAAUAUCAACAUAUGUCAGAACUGCCGGGUUCGAAAACUCGCCUGCGAUGGCCAGAUCCCCGCUUGCUCUCAAUGUUACCGGACUGGCAGAACGUGUCCAGGAUAUCAGAGCAGUUUGAUCUUUCGACCUCCGGUAGUACCGAGACACCACCAGCCUGUGCCCAUGCAGCUCAGACGCUCGCGAGUAGUUGGCGGGAGGCAACGACCCAGGCAACAAACCUAUCCGCCAACCUCGACAGAGGAAGCUGGACCCAGCCAGGCUGGCCGCCGAGUCUCCAAGACCACAGUCCAUAUGUGCCUGAGCUGGCCGCUGAUGGAUAUCAUAUCCUUGGUGGUACAAAAUCUAUGCCCGAUCGAAAUUCUAAACCGGACAGACCUCAGCUCCAGUAGGGCUGGUGGGUCGGUGCCACGGAUCUGUGGUGCUUGGGUCGAGGCUCUCCCUGAACUAGUCCUACAUACCAAGGCGGAGCAGAUACUCUCACCAUCCAUUAAAACCCUGGCGCUAGCGAUUUUAUCACGAGGUCGCGAGAGCAGGACGUCCACGUCAGAUGCAGUGGCCUCUCACGCACAUGCCUUUUCAUCGCUUCGAUCUGGGUUUCUUCAGGAAAAUGUGUCUGAUAGCUCGAACCUACUUGCAGCCACAGUCAUGUGUCUGUUUCUUUCAGAAAUGAUCCUGCCCACCUCGAAAGCAACCGCAGUUGUACACGCAAAAGGCAUCGGAGAUGUUUUAAAGCUGCAGAGCCCCGGCUUCUAUACCCAUGGGAUAGGCCAUCAGCUCUUCGUUGGAAUCAGGCCGGUUCUUGUACUACACUCCUUCUUUUCUCACGAGCUCUCCUUUCUGGCAGAGGAUGCCUGGAUACACGAGCCUUUCAGUGGUCUAGGUGCUGCCCCUCUACAGAAACUUUUUAGCAUUGUUGUCGCCCUUCCUUCUGCUCUAAGCACUAUCGACAAGGUCAAAGUCACCCUGACCGAGCAGUCUUACAUCACUGCCUGCAAGGCCCUUGACCAGCUGACCGAUACGCUCAAUGAACUGUUAAAUCUUAGGGAAACAAUACAGGACGAGAGUCAACGUGAAUACUGGGCACCCGCCCUACCUCCCAACAUUCAGAGUGGUAUCAGCUUUCAGAGCAUUACGGCUGCAAACUUUUUCACCCACCUGUGGGCGUUCCACAUCAUUUGCGCGGGGUACAUCAAAACGCUGCUUACGCUCUUUCCAGCAUGCUUGGACCGGGUACAUCAGAGUCUUAAGCGUCAAAUCUCAAGAGACCUCGUGACGGAUCUGGCCUGCCGUAUUCUACGCAGCAUAGAGUUUCUCGCCGAUGAAAAGUUCAAGUUGUUUGGUUCUGCCUCAGCUGUUUUGCCCCUCUUUGCCGGACUGACAGUUGUCAGAGGCGAAGGGAAACAGAGCGAGGAGCUACAGUAUUGGUACCGCCAUGCACUGCAGAUAUACUCCAAGAAGGGCUAUCAUUUCGUAAGUACGCAUGUUUUUGAUGAUGUUGUUGCAGGCCAGGAGCGCAGGGAUGGGAGUCUUGUAGAUAGAAGUGCUUGAUUGUGAAGUAAAGGAAUAGCUGCUGUGACUUGGGAAAAGCCACAAUACUACGUUCG